CUCUUUGCGGCACACCCAGCGCUGAAACCAGGAACAGGAACAGCAGCUUCCGCCUCAGCCGCUGCUGCGUCCGCCCAGCCCCGCAGCGACCGAACGGCCCGGCCCGGCCCGGCCCGCAGCACCAUGUCUGUCUCGGAGGAAGCUGACGGGCUCGGGGUGGUCCGGCCCCAUUACGGCUGUUGACAGCUUCAUAGCUCCAGUGGAACUUAAGAGAUGGUGGAUGUUCCUGGUUGUGAAGAGAGACACCCUUCUGAGCUGUCCUGGAUAAUGAGAGGAUGACAGCAGAGGAGAUGGAUGAGAGAAGACAUCAGAAUGUGGCUUAUGAGUAUCUUUGUCAUCUGGAGGAAGCAAAGAGAUGGAUGGAGGCCUGCCUUAGUGAGGAUUUACCUCCCACAACAGAGCUGGAGGAGGGGCUAAGGAAUGGAGUCUAUCUAGCCAAACUUGGAAACUUUUUCUCCCCCAAGGUGGUGUCUCUGAAGAAAAUCUAUGACCGGGAACAAACCAGAUAUAAGGCAACUGGUCUCCAUUUCCGUCACACUGAUAAUGUUAUUCAGUGGUUGAAUGCCAUGGCUGAAAUUGGACUCCCCAAGAUUUUCUACCCAGAAACUACCGACAUCUAUGAUCGGAAGAACAUGCCACGCUGCAUCUAUUGUAUCCAUGCACUCAGUCUGUAUCUGUUUAAACUGGGACUGGCCCCUCAGAUUCAAGAUUUAUACGGGAAGGUGGACUUCACAGAGGAGGAGAUCAGUAACAUGAGGAGUGAGCUGGAGAAGUAUGGAAUUCAGAUGCCCGCCUUCAGCAAGAUUGGAGGAAUAUUAGCUAACGAACUCUCUGUGGAUGAAGCAGCAUUGCAUGCUGCUGUUAUCGCCAUUAAUGAAGCAAUUGACCGCCAAGUUCCAGCUGACACCCUGUUGGCAAUGAAAAACUCCAAUGCCAUGUUGGUGAAUCUUGAUGAACUGCUAGCAUCAAUCUAUCAGGACACAUUGUAUCGGGCAAAGAAGGACAAGAUGGAGAAUGCCAAAAAUAGGACUGCCUCUGAGAAUUCAGAGAGAGAGAGGGAUGUGUACGAAGAGCUGCUGACUCAAGCUGAAAUUCAGGGCAAUGUCAACAAAGUCAACACACAUUCAGCCCUAUCAAAGAUAGAUCUGGCUUUGGAACAGGGAGAUGCAUUAGCAUUAUUUGAAGUUUUGACAUCACCGGCCCUGGGACUCCGAGGAUUACAACGAGAAAAUUGUGACUGGUAUCUCAAGCAGCUCUUGAGUGACAGGCAGCAGAAACAGGAGGCUGGCUUGGCAGGCCCCCUGCAGAAGGAGGAGUUGCAGUCUGGGGUGGACGCUGCUAACAGUGCUGCACAACAGUACCAGCGAAGGCUGGGAGCAGUGGCAAGGAUUAAUUCUGCAAUCCAAAUUGGUAUUGCAGAGAAGACUGUGGCAGAACUUUUGAAUCCAGAGGCUCAAUUACCACAGGUUUAUCCAUUUGCAGCAGAUCUUUACCAGAGGGAGCUGGCAACUCUGCAGCAACAGAGCCCUGAAGGUAACCUCACCCAUCCAGAGCUGUCAGUUGCAGUGGAGAUGCUGUCGUCUGUGGCUCUGAUUAACAGGGCUUUGGAUUCAGGGGAUGUGAACACAAUUUGGAAACAGCUGAGCAGUCCAGUCACAGGGCUCACUAACAUUGAAGAUGAGAACUCCCAGAGAUAUAUCGAUGAUUUGAUGAAGCUGAAAGCUCAGGCAUGUACAGAAGGGAAUGAGUUUAUCACAUGGAAUGAUAUCCAGUCAUGUGUGGACCGUGUGAACAUAGUGGUGCAUGAGGAGCAUGAGAGGAUUUUAGCAAUUGGCCUUAUUAAUGAAGCUCUGGAUGAGGGGGACCCCAGAAAGACCCUUCAGGCCUUACAGAUCCCUGCAGCAAAACUGGAGGGGGUAACCCCAAAGGUAGCACAGCACUACCAGGACACGUUGAUCCGAGCCAAGAGGGAGAAAGCACAGGACACUCAGGAUGAGACAGCUGUGCUGUGGCUGGAUGAAAUUCAGGAUGGAAUUCAUCGAUCCAACAGGGACACAGAGGAGGCACAGAAAUUUUCAUUAGGAAUUCUGGCCAUUAAUGAAGCAGUGGUCCAUGGUGAUGUGGGCCAGACCCUCAGUGCCCUGCGCUCGCCUGAUGUUGGACUGUAUGGAGUCACUCCAGAGUGUGAUGAGACAUACCAGCAUGACCUGGCAGAAGCCAAGAGAGAGAAAAUGGCAGCAGGGGACAAUGGCAGUGAGUGGGUGAAGCACUGGGUGAAAGGAGGCUAUUAUUAUUACCAUAACCUGCGAACCAGAGAGGGACGUUGGGAUGAACCCUCAGGAUUUGUGCAGAAUAAUACCCAGCUCUCCCGGGAGGAGAUACAGAGCUCUAUCUCUGGAGUCACUGCUGCAUACAACAGAGAGCAGCUCUGGCUUGCCAAUGAGAACCUGAUUACCAGGCUGCAGGCUUGCUGCCGUGGGUACCUUGUUCGCCAGGAAUUCAACUCCAGAAUGAAUUUCUUGAAGAAGCAAGUCCCUGCAAUCACUUGUAUCCAGUCUCAGUGGCGUGGCUACAAGCAACGGAAGGAAUACCAAGGUCGCUUGGAGUACCUGCGAGCACACAAGGACCAAGUAGUGAAGAUUCAGUCAAUGACCAGAAUGUAUCAAGCCAGAAAGCGGUACAGAGAUCGUCUGCAGUAUUUCAGAGACCAUAUAAAUGACAUUGUAAAAAUCCAGGCCUUUAUUCGUGCAAAUAAAGCACGAGAUGACUACAAAACUCUCAUCAGUGCUGAAGACCCACCUAUGGCUGUAGUCCGGAAAUUUGUCCACUUACUGGAUCAGAGUGACCAAGAUUUUCAGGAAGAGCUUGACCUAAUGAAGCUGCGUGAGGAGGUUGUGACCCUAAUUCGAUCCAAUCAGCAACUGGAAAAUGACCUCAAUCUGAUGGACAUCAAAAUUGGACUGCUUGUGAAAAACAAAAUCACACUGCAGGAUGUUGUCUCUCAUAGUAAGAAACUUACCAAGAAGAACAAGGAGCAGCUGUCUGAUAUGAUGAUGCUGAACAAACAGAGGGGAGGUUUGAAGGCUUUAAGCAAAGAGAAGAGGGAGAAGCUGGAAGCAUAUCAGCACCUGUUCUACUUGCUUCAGACUAACCCCACCUACUUGGCCAAGCUGAUUUUUCAGAUGCCUCAGAACAAAUCCACCAAGUUUAUGGAUUCUGUGAUCUUCACUCUAUAUAACUAUGCAUCCAAUCAGAGGGAAGAAUAUCUGUUACUUCGGCUUUUCCAGACAGCACUGCAGGAAGAAAUCAAAUCAAAAGUAGAUCAGAUACAGGAGAUUGUGACUGGAAAUCCCACUGUUAUUAAAAUGGUGGUAAGUUUCAACCGUGGUGCCCGUGGCCAGAAUGCAAUGAGGCAGAUCCUGGCACCUGUCGUGAAGGAAAUCAUAGAUGACAAAUCACUCAACAUCAAAACUGAUCCUGUGGACAUUUACAAAUCUUGGGUUAACCAGAUGGAGUCGCAAACUGGAGAGGCCAGUAAGUUGCCAUAUGAUGUUACACCUGAGCAAGCCCUGGCUCAUGAAGAGGUGAGGACACGCCUAGAUGCAUCCAUCAAAAACAUGCGGACAGUGACAGACAAGUUUUUGUCAGCCAUCGUCAGCUCAGUGGAUAAAAUCCCUUAUGGUAUGCGCUUCAUUGCCAAGGUUCUGAAAGAUUCACUACAUGAGAAAUUUCCUGAUGCUGGUGAGGAUGAGUUGCUGAAGAUCAUUGGCAACUUACUGUAUUAUCGCUACAUGAACCCAGCUAUUGUUGCUCCAGAUGCAUUUGACAUCAUUGACCUUUCAGCUGGAGGUCAGCUGACUACAGAUCAGCGCAGAAACCUUGGUUCCAUUGCAAAGAUGUUACAACAUGCUGCAUCCAAUAAGAUGUUCAUGGGAGACAAUGCUCACCUAAGCAUCAUUAAUGAAUAUCUCUUCCAGUCCUAUCAGAAAUUCAGACGUUUUUUUCAGGCUGCCUGUGAGGUUCCAGAACUACAGGAUAAAUUUAAUGUUGAUGAAUAUUCUGACUUGGUGACUCUCACUAAACCAGUUAUCUAUAUUUCCAUUGGAGAAAUCAUCAAUACACACACUUUGCUUUUAGAUCAUCAAGAUGCGAUUGCACCUGAGCACAAUGAUCCAAUUCAUGAGCUGCUGGAUGACCUGGGGGAAGUUCCCACUAUUGAAUCCCUGAUAGGGGAAGGGUCUGGUAACAUUAAUGACCCCAACAAGGAGAUGCUAGCAAAGACUGAAGUUUCUCUUACGCUGACUAAUAAAUUUGAUGUUCCUGGUGAUGAGAAUGCUGAAAUGGAUGCAAGGACAAUCCUGCUGAAUGCAAAGCGCUUGAUUGUAGAUGUAAUUCGCUUCCAGCCAGGGGAGACACUGACUGAGAUCCUGGAAACUCCAGCCACCCAUGAGCAGGAAGCAGAGCAUCAGAGAGCUAUGCAGAGACGAGCCAUUCGUGAUGCCAAAACCCCUGACAAGAUGAAAAAAUCUAAAACUGUAAAGGAGGACAGCAACUUGAAUCUUCAAGAAAAGAAGGAGAAAAUCAAGACAGGCUUGAAGAAGUUGUCAGAACUGGGAACUGUGAACCCAAAGAAUAGAUACCAGGAGCUAAUCAAUGAUAUUGCCAAGGACAUCCGGAACCAGCGCAGAUACCGUCAGAGGAGAAAAGCAGAGCUAGUGAAGCUGCAGCAGACUUACAGUGCGCUGAACUCCAAAGCCACUUUUUAUGAGGAACAAGUGGAUUAUUAUAAAAGCUAUAUCAAAACCUGCUUGGAUAACUUGGCCAGCAAGGGCAAAGUCUCUAAGAAGCCACGGGAGAUGAAAGGCAAAAAGAGUAAAAAGAUUUCUCUGAAAUAUACGGCAGCUCGACUCCAUGAGAAGGGAGUCCUGUUGGAGAUUGAAGACCUGCAAGUAAACCAGUUUAAAAAUGUGAUAUUUGAAAUCAACCCAACAGAGGAAGUAGGAGACUUUGAGGUCAAAGCUAAAUUCAUGGGCGUGCAGAUGGAAACAUUCAUGUUACAUUAUCAGGUAAGGAUCCUCCUAUUUAAUGCUGAAAACCUGUGGUGUACAACCUAUGUAGACUGCCUGUGGCCACCAAAAUCUUUCGUGUAGACUUCUCGUAGUUGC